AUGGAUGGAAUGAAAAGGUUAAGUGAGGCAGAGUAUCGCAAGCGAGCUAAAGAAAAAGAUGAUAAACAAAAGGAUGUGAUUAAUAAAACGCGGAAAUUAGACGAUAUCUUUGUGAAACCAAAUAUUAAAGAUCAUAUCAUUGAUCCAACACGUGACGUUCCAUGUGGUAGUGGCAGUGCUACGUUAACUGAUGUUUCUUCAGUGUCAUCAACUGCAGAUACUUCGAUCGUUGCGGGAAGUGGAUCAAAGGAAGAAGCCGUUGAUGUCCCACUAAUAACAGGAGUGCACCUUAAUCUGGACCAGGAGCGGUGCAAAAUCAGCUACGAUCCAGCCAAAUGGACAAUCGACGAUUACUUUUGUAAGAACGAAGCCAAUCAAAACAUCCAAAAUGACUUUCCUAAGAGUGUGCUUAUUUACAAAGAUAAGGCGCGACAGUUGUCGAAACAUUUAUUCUUACCUAACAUGUCAGGCAUAUACAACGACUUACAAGCUAAAAUAAAAGAAAUUUCUCCCCUUGCCGAGUAUGUUCCCUGUUCAGCACACUCGCUCAAUUUAGUAGGUGAAUGUGCAGCUGAAAGCACCCUAGAGGCUUGUUCGUUCAUUUCUUUACUCCAAGAGUUGUACAAUUUUAUUGAAGCGUCAACUCAAGGUUGGGAACUUCUUCAAACCCACUUCACUAUCAAAAGUUUAUCAACGACUCGUUGGUCAGCUCGUGCAGACGCAUGCAAAAGUUUACGUGAAUCGUAGGAUGAAAUCCAUAAAGCGUUAGUCUCCAUCGAAAAUGACACACAACAGAAGAGAGCCGUUAUAUGCGAAGCAAGAGGUAUUCGUUUAAAGCUGGAACGUUUUGAAAUGGCCAUCAUGACUGUUUUUUAGGGAUGUUUACUGGAUCGCAUUAACGCCACAAGUAAAAAGCUACAGAGUGUGAAAAUCGACAUCACCGUUGUCAUAGAACUCUAUGAGGUUCUAAUACGUUUUAUUGAUGAAACACGUAAUAAUUUUGAUGAGUUUGAGAACAACGCCAAGGAAUUGUCCAUUUCUUGUGAAUAUGAAAG